GCCUAUGUGAACGUUACGUCACGUCGCCUGACUGCUCUCCGAGAACGCGUUUCUGAGUGUGGCGCGCGCCGACCGACCCCCUGGGCUUCGCCUGUGAUUCUGCUUAACUGUCCAUGGGCAAGUGAAAAAAUGGCCCCGUUCCCUGAAGAAGUCGAUGUCUUUACAGGCCCGCACUGGCGAAUGAAGCAGUUGGUGGGGCUUUACUGUGAGAGGCUCUCCAAGACGGAUUUUGCCAGCAACAGUGAUUUUCGCUCUCUGUUGUGUUCACUGUGCGCUACCUUCCAGGAGUUCAAGAUGCACGAACAGAUCGAAAACGAAUACAUUAUCGGAUUACUUCAGCAGCGUUGCCGGAACAUCUGUAACGUUCACUCUGACAAUAAAAUGUCCGAAAUGCUCAGCUUGCUUGACAAAGGCCUGAAGAACAUCAAGAAUGAGUAUGAGCAGCUUAAUUAUGCACAGCAGCUGAAAGAGAAAUUGGAAGCGUUUACACAAGAUUUCCUUCCCCAUAUGAAGGAGGAGGAAGAGGUUUUUCAGCCUAUGCUGAUGGAAUACUUCACUUAUGAGGAGCUAAAGGAUAUUAGGAAAAAAGUGAUUGCUCAGCACUCCUCUCAUAAGUGCUGGGAUGCUGUGGGGUGGCUGAAAGGUCUGAACAUUUGGAGUCAGACUGAGGAGUUGGAGAAGGCUUUCAAACACUGCUUGGAUGAGAAGAUAGAUGAGGGUUUUGAAAAGAGGAAAAGGCCUGCUGGAAUUUCAAGCUUACCACCAGAAACGCUUUUGAAGAUUUUCAGUUAUCUGAAUCCUGAUGAUUUAUGUCAAUGUAGUCAGGUUUGCACUGAUUGGUCAGUAAUUGCUAAAACGGGCUCACUGUGGAGACAUCUGCAUCCUGUCCGUUGGGCUAGAGGUGAUUUUUACAGUGGGCCUCCUGGAGAGUUGGAUCUGGAACCAGAUGAUGUGUGGGUCAUGAAUCGAAAAGAUGAGUGUAAAGCCUAUCAAGAAUGGGAUGAAGAUGCUGAUAUUGAUGAAUCAGAAGAAACUGUAGAUGAUUCAUGGGCAAUUAAUAUAGUACGAAGGGAAAAGAAGCUUCUUUAUGGGAUGAUUCAGAAUUUACUUCCUUUUGUUGGAUCUUCAGUCAAGUCACUUGUCCUGGCAUACAGCUCAGUUGUGUCAAGCAAAAUGGUCAGACAAAUGCUUGAACUGUGUCCUAAUCUGACAUACUUGGAUCUCACACAAACAGAUAUUACCGAUUCAGCAUUUGAUGGAUGGUUAAGUGUGGGAAGUUGUCAUACACUUGAACAUCUGGACCUGUCUGGCUGUGAGAAGAUCACUGAUCUGACGUUGGAGAAAUUAUCUAUAGCACUUGGUGACUUAACAUCCUCAGGUGGUACAGAGAACACAUUAAAAGAUAAUGUCUCAGCAAAGGUGUCCAAGUGUCAUCAACCAGUCAGCCUACAACCAAGAAAUGAGUGUUGUUUACAAGUAUGUGGUCAGCAAGCUCUCAUUUUUAAAGGGAAACCUGGAGGUGUAAUGAGUGUUCCUUCACGAGUUUGGGUUUUAAAUUCAGCAGAUUUGGUUGACAUUGAAGAUGCUGCUGAGUGGAGACUUAGGAAUGCAGAAACUCCUACACUUCUGGAUGCUUCACAACCUGAAAAGUCAUCUAGCAUCAUAUGCAGUUGCUGUCGCACAAGUAACCAUGCCUACAGGACUAAUAUUGCUUGGCAGCAAAAUGGUUCUUUGGCUGCACCAGGACACUGUGGCCAUUCCUCUUGUUGUAGUGAAAAUGUGCUUAGGGCUUAUGACACAUUUCAGGAGCCCUACUCUUUUUGCAGUAAAAAGACUAAACACUCGGAAGAAAAAUAUUUUGUUUUUUCUGGAGAAGAAACGAGGACAGAUUCACUUAAAUGUUCAAGGACUCUUACAUUUCUUAGUUUGUCUGGAUGUUAUCAGAUCACAGAUCAUGGACUAAGAUCUUUGUCCUUGUGGGGUGGAUUACCCAAUUUAGAACAUCUCAACCUCUCUGGCUGCUUGUUCAUUACUGGUGGUGGCUUGCAGGAGUUGGUUUCAGCGUGCCCUUCUUUGAAUGAUGAGCACUUUUAUUAUUGUGACAACAUUAAUGGUCCACAUGCUGAUACUGCCAGUGGAUGUCAGAACCUGCAGUGCGGUUUCCGAGCCUGCUGCCGUUCUGGGGAAUAAAUACAUUCCUGCAGGUCCUUCUCUGUAUGCUUCUAAUAGCUGGACAGGCUUUCCUACAUGCACUUUAUUUAACAACCAAUUGUAUUUUUGUUAUUUUUUUGUUUUUAAAAUGUUUUUUGUUGAACGUCUAUUCAGCCCAUGCUAUAUGCAUAAGGACAUAAGAGUUUGGUUCUUUUAAGUGUCAUAACUUUACUGUAAAUCUCACAGUGUAAUACACAUUUAUUCCGCAAUUCUUUGAUUAUUGACUUGAAUCAGCCUUGCAGAUAUAAUUUCAAAUGAAUCCUGUAAUUUCAUUUAAAAUCACCAGCAAAUACAUCAUUCUAGUACUGGGAAUAGUGAAAAAUGUUCUUAGAGUAACUUGAAGUUUUUAUUGAAAGAAAAUUGGAAGGAAAUUCUGUUAUAAAAGUGGCAUGUUUUAAUAAACAACAUCUUGAAAAUGUGUUCUGCUGGGCAGCACUGAUGGUGCAAAAUUUAUAUAUUUAAAUGUAGGUAAAUUUGGAUGUCUUAACAGCUAGACAAAGAAGGCUAAAUCCACACAUCUUUUGUUGAUAUGAUCAGAAUGUUUUGCAUAUAAAUAAACAAAGCUUUACUCUC